CGCGGCAACACUUCGCCAGUGUGUAUGUGUGUGUGUGUGCGUGUGUGUUACUGCCUUACUGACAGAACAUUCCACAUCCAGCAUCCAUCCAGGAAGGAAUCCUAUUCUUAUCUUCGUCGCUCCCUCUUUUCCAAAAAGACGCCAUGUCUUAUCAAGGCAAAAAGAACAUCCCGAAGAUCACGAGCGACCGGCUUCUUAUCAAAGGCGGCAGGAUCGUGAAUGAUGAUCAGUCCUUCCAUGCAGACGUCUACAUGGAGGAUGGCCUCAUCAAGCAGAUCGGUGACAACCUGAUCGUGCCCGGCGGGGUGAAGACCAUCGAGGCCAACGGCAAGAUGGUGAUCCCCGGCGGCAUCGACAUUCACACCCACUUCCAGAUGCCAUACCGCGGGACCACCACUGUGGACGACUUUGCUCAGGGCUCCAAGGCAGCGCUCGUUGGCGGCACCACCAUGAUCGUCGAUCACGUGAUCCCAGAGGCAGGAAGCAGCCUGAUGGAGGCCUACGACCAGUGGAGGCAGUGGGCUGACGAGAAGGCCUGCUGUGACUACUCUCUCCACGUGGACAUCACCCACUGGAACGACAGCGUCAAGCAGGAGGUGGAUAACCUGAUGAAGGACAAAGGUGUAAACUCCUUCCAGGUCUACAUGGCGGAUAAGGACUACUACCAGAUGAGCAACAGUGAGCUUUACGAGGUGUUUAGCUUCUUGGCAGAGAGGGGAGGUGUCGCUCAGGUCCACGCUGAAAAUGGAGAGAUCAUUGCAGAGGAGCAAGCACGGAUGCUGCAGAUGGGAAUCACUGGACCAGAGGGACACGUGCUGAGUCGGCCAGAAGAGCUGGAAGCGGAGGCCGUAUUUCGGGCCAUCACCAUCGCCAGCCAAACCAACUGUCCCCUCUACGUGACCCGCGUCAUGAGCAAGAGUGCCGCAGACCUCAUCUCGCAGGCCCGUAAAAAAGGGAAUGUUGUGUUCGGGGAGCCGAUCACGGCCAGCCUGGGUACGGACGGGACGCACUACUGGAGCAAGAACUGGGCGAAAGCGGCUUCCUUUGUCACGUCGCCACCUCUCAGCCCUGACCCCACCACCCCGGACUACCUGAACACGCUCCUGUCCAGCGGAGACCUGAGCGUGACGGGCAGCGCUCACUGCACCUUCAGUGUGGCUCAGAAGGCCAUCGGCAAGGACGACUUCACUCAGAUCCCCGAGGGAGUUAAUGGGGUGGAGGAGAGGAUGGUGCUCAUCUGGGACAAAGCUGUGACUACAGGCAAGAUGGACGAGAACAUGUUUGUGGCGGUCACCAGCACCAACGCCGCCAAGAUCCUCAACCUGUACCCACGCAAGGGUCGGAUCGCCGUGGGUUCUGAUGCCGACCUGGUCAUCUGGGACACGGACGCCGUAAGAACCAUUACGGCCAAGACACACAACUCGACUGCAGAGUACAACAUCUUUGAGGGCAUGGAGCUGCGUGGAGCUCCACAGGUGGUCAUUUGUCAGGGCAAGAUUGUUCUGGAAGACGACAACCUGCACGUGACCUCCGGCGUGGGUCGCUUCGUUCCCUGCUCGCCAUUCCCAGACUAUGCCUACAAGCGCAUCAAAGCCAGGAAGCAGCUAGCUGUCCUAAGAGCAGUGCCCAGAGGAAUGUACGACGGCCCCGUGUCCGAAUUCUCCAUGUCGCGUGGCGGCACACCCUCGGCCUCGGCUCGCACAUCGCCCACCAAGCAGCCUGUCAGAAACCUGCACCAGUCUGGAUUUAGUCUAGCAGGUAAAACUGCACCUUACGGUCCCACCAUCCCUGACGACCUCCCCACCAGGCCUGCUGGUCGUCGCAUUACAGUGCCCCCUGGUGGCCGUUCCAACAUCACCUCCCUCAGUUAAACACCCUUGUCUCCCCAGGUGGACUUCAGGUGCGCAUUCAGAGCCCGAGAAAGUGCGUCAGAGUGGGGGUGGGUUUGUCAUCAAGGACCAUUACUAAUUACAAACAACAAAAUGCCUUACCUGUCAUAACCCAGACUUUUUUUUGUCAGUUUUAUUCGUAUUUGGACUAGAAUGAAGCGUUUAAGAGAUGUUUUUUUAUUUAAACCAUAAAACAACCAAAGCACAACCAGUCUCAGCCUCUUUGAACAGUUAAAUAUGCUAAAAAAAAAUCUGUGCUGGUGCUUUUGGUAGUCGUUUAACAAAAUAAAUAUGUUCCAAAAAGUAAUUUCUAGUCAUUAAGUCCGGAUAAGGUUUCCAUGUUGGUCGGUCUGCAACAUGCAGUACCACUAGUAAGCGCCAGAGGGCAGUGUAGAUACAUUAGACGUCAUGUAGCUUUGGUGGAAGAUGUUGCAGCUUGUUUUGGGGGACUAAAACAUUGAAAAAAAAGGUACUUAGCAAAUCCUAGAGGCGUUUAAAAAAAAAACUUGAUGGACAUGGAACUGAAUGGGCCAUUUUGACACUUUGGCGACGUGAUCCAUGAUCCUUUUAAACGUCGUCUCUCAGGUGGACCCCAUCCUGUCAUGUAGUCAAUGAUUGUUUAAAACUACAAUAGCAAGGCUCGGUGUUCUUAGACAUCAUGGCCGUCUAAAAAUAUUCUAAUCAUUUGCACUUGUUAUUGUUGAAAGAAAUGGACACUUUGUAGUAUAUUCCCAACAAAAAAAGACGUGCAACAGAAAAACACACAAAACUCCUAACAAGGCAACAUGCAACCACUUUAUCAACAGCCUCAUAGGAAUUAUGAGGAAUUCUACCUAAUUUUACUCGUAAAGAUGUUGCACUCUGCAGGAAGGAAGGGAGACUGUGCUUUUAUUUGUUAAUUAGACCCACACUGAAAGGAAAAUACAAAUUGGAAUGAAGUCGUCAUGCAAAAAGGCGUAGAGAGAACUAUGUCAAAGUUUAACAUUUUGUUUGUAAUGUUACAACAAUGCGUACAUUUUUACGUCAUAAAUUCGGAUCUACGGAAGAAAAAUAUUGCAAUGUUACGACAAUUAAAUCAGAUCUUUUAGGAAGAUAGUUGUAAUAAUAUUUGAAAAUUCAUAAUUCUAGGGAAAAAAGUCUUCAGGAGGCAACAAAAAAAUUUUUAGCAGGAAAAAUAAUUAAGAGUAACUUUCUGAGCAAAAAGUCAUACAGUGUAAAAAAAAAAAAAAAAAAGUAAUGAACUAGCAGUUUAGUUGACUACAUUUUAACCUGAAAUUUGUUUUAUUUUAACACCAAAUUACUGUAAACUGAAAAAGGUACCAUUGAUAUUUGUACCGUAAAACUCUGGCAACUGAGCUGUCAGUUUUGUAAAAUCUAUGGUCGUUGUUUUCACAAAAUGUACUGACUGUUGUAAUGAUACAGGAAUAAAGUUACAAGAAUUUGGUUGUUUUUUUAUGGGCAAAAA